CAUGACUGAGAUAAUCUCUCAGAUCAUCUCCACAUGCUCUUUUGUCUGUGUGUGACCUGAUUUUCAACGCACACAGAAGAACCAACACAGCUAACACCAUGGGCCUGGGGAGUUCUCAUCCAAAGCCGUUCCCAGGAGACAUCCUGGAGUUUCCUCGGAAUAAAUACUUCUCCCAUUUCGGAAUUUACUACGGAGAGAGAGAUGGAGUGCCCUACGUAGCACAUCUCACCUGCAGAGACUCGGAGACGAAGCUCCUGCUUUUUGGUCGAGCCCUGAAGUCAGAGGUCAAACUGGACCCGGUGGAGGUGGUGGGACAGAGAUACAAGGUGAGGAACAUGCUGGAUGAGAUCCAUCCUCCCAGGGACUUCUACUCUGUGGUGAAGCCUGCUAUAGACGAUAUGAUGGGUAAGGAUAUCACCUUCGACAUCUUGUUCCACAACUCUGAACACCAGGCCACGCUCUUCAGAUAUGGACUCAAGAAGUCUACACAGAUUGAGAAGGUCUACAUCCAGAUCCUGCCCACCUGGAAGGAGCUGUUUAAGAAGAGGAAGUUGUAACAAUGACUACAACAGCGGCUGUGUUCUAGAACUUUGCCUACAGUCUGACGCCCCCCUUCUCCCCCCUCUGGCCAACUUACGCUAUGUUUUGCUCCACUGCGGUGAGGAUGGUGUGGAUCAGCCUAAGGAUUCCUGCUAAUGAGGAACAAGGAGAAUCAUAGCAGAUUUGAAUGUAUAGUUAAAAUAGUAUUUAACUCCAGUGUAGUGUACAACUCCAGUGUAGUGUAUAACUCCAGUGUAGUAUAUAACUCCAGUGUAGUGUAUAAUAACUCCAGUGUAGUGUAUAACUCCAGUGUAGUGUAUAAUAACUCCAGUGUAGUGUAUAACUCCAGUGUACUGUAUAAUAACUCCAGUGUAGUGUAUAAUACCUCCAGUGUAGUGUAUAACUCCAGUGUAGUAUAUAACUCAAGUGUAGUGUAUAACUCCAGUGUAGUGUAUAACUCCAGUGUAGUAUAUAACUCCAGUGUAGUGUAUAACUCCAGUGUAGUAUAUAACUCCAGUGUAGUGUAUAAAUCCAGUGUAGUAUAUAACUCCAGUGUAGUGUAUAAUAACUCCAGUGUAGUGUAUAACUCCAGUGUAGUGUAUAAUAACUCCAGUGUAGUGUAUAAUACCUCCAGUGUAGUGUAUAACUCCAGUGUAGUAUAUAACUCAAGUGUAGUGUAUAAAUCCAGUGUAGUGUAUAACUCCAGUGUAGUGUAUAACACCAGUGUAGUGUAUAAUAACACCAGUGUAGAGUAUAAUAACUCCAGUGUAGAGUAUAAUAACUCCAGUGUAGUGUAUAACUCCAGUGUAGUGUAUAACGCCAGUGUAGUGUAUAAUAACUCCAGUGUAGUAUAUAACCCCAGAGUAGUGUAUAACUCCAGUGUAGUGUAUAAUAACUCCAGUGUAGUGUAUAACGCCAGUGUAGUGUAUAAUAACUCCAGUGUAGUAUAUAACCCCAGAGUAGUGUAUAACUCCAGUGUAGUGUAUAAUAACUCCAGUGUAGUGUAUAACUCCAGUGUCGUAUAUAACUCCAGUGUAGUGUAUAAUAACUCCAGUGUAGUAUAUAACUCCAGUGUAGUGUAUAAUAACUCCAGAGUAGUGUAUAAUAACUCCAGUGUAGUGUAUAAUAACUCCAGUGUAGUAUAUAACUCCAGUGUAGUGUAUAAUAACUCCAGAGUAGUGUAUAAUAACUCCAGUGUAGUGUAUAAUAACUCCAGUGUAGUAUAUAACUCCAGUGUAGUGUAUAACUCCAGUGUAGUGUAUAACUUCAGUGUAGUGUAUAACUACUCCAGUGUAGUGUAUAACUCCAGUGUAGUGUAUAAUAACUCCAGUGUAGUGUAUAACUCCAGUGUAGUAUAUAACUCCAGUGUAGUGUAUAACUCCAGUGUAGUAUAUAACUCCAGUGUAGUAUAUAAUAACUCCAGUGUAGUGUAUAAUAACUCCAGUGUAGUGUAUAACUCCAGUGUAGUAUAUAACUCCAGUGUAAUGUAUAAUAACUCCAGUGUAGUGUAUAACUCCAGUGUAGUGUAUAAUAACUCCAGUGUAGUAUAUAACUCCAGUGUAGUGUAUAACUCCAGUGUAGUAUAUAACUCCAGUGUAAUGUAUAAUAACUCCAGUGUAGUGUAUAACUCCAGUGUAGUAUAUAACUCCAGUGUAGUAUAUAACUCCAGUGUAGUAUAUAACUCCAGCCCAGUCUGCUGAUAUCUGGUCAUGUUAUCUUCCAUUUUAUUUUUUACUUUCAGGUUGAACAUUAUCUAGAUUAUAUAAAACGGCAUUGUUGGUUGAGGGCUUGUAAGUAAGCAUUUCACUGUAAGAUCUACACCUGUUGUAUUCGGCGCAUGUGACUAAUAAAAUUAGAUUUAAAUAAAGUAAAAUCAUUUCCCUGUU